AUGGCCGACAAUCCCAUAUCAGAUACCACCCUAUGGCAGAACCGCAAAUGCCUCUUCCUCUGCUGUCUGGUCUCGAUGGCCAAUAUGCAAUAUGGGUUCGAUCUGGCAGCUGUGGGAUCGCUCCAGGCGAUGCCGGGCUUUCUCAAAGUUUUCGGAUAUCGAGAUCCAGAAUCGGAGAUGGGGUAUGCAAUUGAUAGCACGGUCCAGCAGUUAAUAACCUCCCUCCUCACUCUAGGGUCCUUCAUCUCUUCACUGGUGGCAGGAUUUUUCUCCGCAUAUCUAGGCCGCCGGGCUGCACUAUGGCUUGCAUGUGUCGUGAACGCAGUGGCAUGCGCCAUCCAGAUCGGGACUACCUCGCCGGGAGUCCUGUACCUAGGAAGACUACUUCUAGGAUUUGCAAACGGCUUUCUGGUCACAUUCUCCAACAUCUACACUGCGGAGGCGUCCCCAGCCCACAUGCGGGGCGUGAUGGUUGCUCUAUUUGCGUACUGGGUGAAUAUCGGGAGCAUUCUCGGUGCUGCGGUGGAUAACAAGACUAAAGAGCGUCUUGGUCCUCUGUCGUAUCAAAUACCUCUGGCAUGUCUCUAUAUUGUUCCCGCCCUCCUUUUUAUCGCACUGUUCUUUGUGCCCGAAAGCCCCAGGUGGCUGCUCCAUCGAGGCAAAGAGAAAGCUGCGAGGAAGGCGCUGGAACAACUGCGUGGAUCUAGCUACGACACUAUCCUUGCUUCUCCCGGUGGCAGUGACAGUGAUGAGAUCGGGAGUGUAGUACCGACUCUACUCGAGCUGGAGUUGGCAGAGAUGGUCAAGGGCGUGGAGGAAGAAAAGCGUGAGCAGGGUGAUGUUGCCGCGCGGGAUAUGUUCCGAGGAGCUGACCUCCGUCGGACGAUGCUCUGCUAUUGCAUGAUCGGAUGCCAGACUGCGUCCGGCGUCUGGUUCCUCAUCGGUUACCAAACAUACUUCUUCACCGUGUGCGGGAUCGCCAAAGCGUUCGAGUUCUCCAUCAUGAACACCUGUUUCGGGUUCCUCGGGGUCAAUAUCGGCAUGUAUGCCAUCCGGAAUCUGUUGGGUCGUCGCGGGAUCCUCAUGCUGGGCGCCAUUGCCUGCGGGCUGUGUCAACUCGCCACUGCGAUUGCCGCAACGGUCAGCCCAAACUCUCUUCCCACGGGACAGACCCUAGUUGCCUUCACAGCUUUGUUCAUGUUCUUCUAUAACGGCUGUGUUGGCGCGGCGAGUUAUCCCGUCGCGACGGAGUUGGUCAGCUCUCGACUACGCGCGUGGACGGUGGGCACCGCCACGUCGCUUGGAUAUCUACUUGCUUGGUUGACGAAUUUCUGUACGCCUUAUUUUAUUAAUCCCGAGCAUCUGAACUGGGGGGCCCGCUAUGGUUACAUAUGGGCGGCUUCUAACCUGUGCUGUGUUGUAUUCUUUUACUUCUUCAUGCCGGAGAUGAAGGGGCGCUCUUUGGAGGAGUUGGAUGAGAUUUUUGAGGCUCGUAUACCUGCGCGCAAAUUCCAGUCUUAUCAGUGUGCCAUUCGAGAGACGGCACGGAUCGAUGCAGUCAAUGCGAAAGUCGACAAUGAACAGAAGAAAUGA